UUUAUUUUUUUAUCUUUGUAAUUACAGCAACAACAAAAAACACCUACAAAAGCUGCGGCUUCGCCACAGCUACCCUCUAGAUCAAUGAGCAAUGGUGUCACAAUGUCUCCCGCCAUUGGAUCAUCGCGCACAGAGGUUGCUGUAAUAAAGCCAUUGUUACCUGCAAGAAAAGCCUUGGAUGCCUCUUCUAACGCGAAACCAGGACUUGAGAGUAUAGCAGGAUCACCAAGUUCUGGGAACAGUUUAACGGCUUCUAAUACAGUUUUACCAAGUUUAGGCCUGAGAUCAACUAAUACUGCCAUUAAAGUAGGAUUGUCAUCAGCGACACCUUUAAAGGCACAUCCCAACUCAGUUUCAGAAAAUAAAACUGUCCUUAGGCCCCCAGUUUUGCCAAAACGUAAUGGGAUGACGGAGAUCAAGAAUAACUCUGAGGAAGAGGAGAAUAGACUACCAUUAUCAGUAAAGGAGCGCAUGGCUAAUCUGACCAAGGCAAACCAAAAGCAAACAAAAUCCCUAUCCUCCGCGCCUUCAGCAACAUCAUCUUCUACAUCAACACAGUUGCCUGCAUCACUUCCGCCGCGGCCAACGGCUGUUGGAGCGGCUAAAGAGCAAAACGGACAAACACGUGACAGUUCCGUACUGCCUGGACUCCCCUUUUCCAUGGCAGCAAAGCCUGCAUUACCACCUAGAACAUCUCCGUCACCACCAUCAACAAGCUCUGGAUCGUCUUCAACAGAAGUCAAUCCGUCAAAGCAUGUAUAUCAGAUCCAGGAUUCGCAGGUUCCUGUGCCCAAACUGACGACUUUUUCGAAACCUCGGUCUGCUAGAACUGGGAAGAGCACAACAUCACCAACGAUCUCAAAGACAUCAUCACCUUCACUAACCACUUCAUCUACAAAUAAUGAUGCUCUUGAACCAAUCGCGUCCAAUACCCCGCCCAAGCUUCCAAACCGUACACUAAUUAUACCAACCGCCAUAUCCCCAGCAAACAAGCCAGCUGACACAGCAGGUAUCCCAGGACCUGCGCCUUUCAGUCCCCCUACAACCCACCAAGCAUUAGUCGAAUUGAGCUUCUUGCCUGCGAUCACUCGCAAUUCCCAGCCUUUGCCAUUGCCCUCGCGAGCUCCCUUGAUCAACACAGUCACUCCUUCUUCGACAAUCUCACCGUCUGUAACACGAUCUGCCGUUCAAGAAUUAACUCGAUCUUCAACAACAGGGAAACGAAGCCCCACCAUGAAAGGCAUAAUCGAAAGAAAUGGGGGCUCGACAGCUGAUGAGCUAGCUAUGCCUGCAGGCGCUGCAUCUGGAAUCAAAAUUAACUCCGUGGGAUCGAAGACACUGCCCUCAACUAUGUCGACGACAUCUGCUCCUGUAGCGCCUAGUGUUGUGACGGGAGAGACAAAGAACGCUAUACCACCACCAUUACCUGUACGAUCCAACACGAUCCCUAUUACUCCUUCAACAUCCACGGUUCCAUCGUCUGUAACACCCAUGAGGCUGCAAAGAGAGCCGAAGACAGAUGCUUCUACUUCCAGUCUAUUUUCGCAUCCAGUAUCCAAAAAGGGGGGCCCAAUAAUGGAUGCGAUGGAUGCGAUGGAUGUGAUAGCACAUGGAUGGAACAGACCAGCGCCUUCAGCUACAAAGACUACUUUACCAGGAUCUCGCAUUGCAGCUCCUUCAACACGAUCGCUGGAGGUUGCGACGCCAGAAACAGUUGGAGUCAAACCUGACGCUAGAAGACGAUAUGAAGCACUUUUCAAGGCUUUAACUACAGGAGAAUAUAUUGAAGGCCCCAAAGUUCAUGCGAUCUAUGUAAAGAGCCGUUUGGAUUCCAAAACAUUAGCACAGAUCUGGGAUCUUGUGGACGUGGACAAUGCAGGACGGCUCAACCGUGCACAAUUCUGUAUGGGUCUUUAUCUGAUUGACGAGCGUCUUGCCAGUGGGCUGAUUCCUUUAGAGAUCUCGGAUGAACUCUGGAUAUCAGUGAUGCAAUAGUGUUACUUAAUGCCAUGCUUCCUAGCUAAACAAUAGAAUGCUACGCUUGUUGGAUACUCUAGGUCGAUGAAGGGAUAGGAAUUUAG